CUCCCUGCCUUCCUUGUUCUCUAGUACAGGCCACUUAGGACUCUGACAGUUUUUAAGCUGAGCUGGGGGUUGGAAUCAAACCCUCCCAAGAAGUGUGUGUUCUUUUUUCUGCCUGUGUCAGAGACUUUGUACAGAUAGACAAGACAGACGGAGGGAAACUAAAAAGAGGAAGGGGAUGGGGGAACAAAUAUUUCCCAAGAACAUCCCACACCUGCACAACAGAGAGGACAAACCAUCAGAGACCAACAUGGUGGAAAAGAAGUCCACAACUCCUUCGGUGGCACAGUUAGCAGGAAAAUUCCAAGAUCAAUCAUCUCUUUCUGGAAAGGAGAUGUUACCCACUAAAUCAACCCGUAGAAAACCACCAUGUUCCCUUCCUCUCCACACACACAAGACAGAGCUUGGCCAGAAUGGUGAGCUAAAGCCAUCUCCAAAUGCUUCUCAUCCUCUAAAAGUAAAGAUAAAAAGCUCUCCCCUGAUUGAAAAGCUACAGGCCAAUCUGGCAUUUGCUCCAGCUGCCCUGCUUCCAGGAGCUUCUCCAAAAAGCCCUGGCCUAAAAGUGAUGAUAUCUCCAUUUAGUAGCCCUCCAUCCACUCCAAUCAGCCCACAGUCUCAUUCAAGUGAACCUGAUGAGACACCAGUUAGCUUUGAUCAGCCACCAGAGGGCAUUCAUCUUCAAUUUUAUAACAAGGUACGUACACGGGGAUCAAUAAAACGCAGGCCACCCUCUAGAAGAUUUCGAAAAUCACAGUCAGAAUAUGGAGAUGACCUAGAUUUAGGGGUGACAGUUUCACCUCAGGAAAAUGGUACUGAGGAGGAGGAGGGUGUAUUUACAGAUGAGAAAAAGGCCACUGAGUCACUAUCUCCCCCUGUGGAUGGCACUGAUCACAGUGAGAAACAAAACCAGAUAGCAUCUGAUGAAAAAAACCCAUCAGGUCUAGUAUCCAGAAGAACAAAAAGCAAUGAGAGAGAAGAAACAGAAGAAAUGGUGUUAUGCAAAGAAAGCAAAGAAGAGAAGUUACAUCAGAAUCUUUCAGAGGAAAAGCCAUGUGAGAACAUCAAAGAAGACAAAGAGAAGAAUUCAGAUCCUGACAGUACAGAGGAUACAAAAAGAAAGUCAUGGAAGAGCGCUCUGAAGGAUAGGGAGGAUGGUAAUGCUCCUGAUAAGGAAAUGAAAGAUAAAGGAGAGAGGGUGGAUCAAUUAAGUAAGAGUGAGAACAUACAGCAGAUAUCAGGUACACAAGACACUGGGACUCCACAGCCUACAGGAGACACAGAAACUGCUACCUGCUCCAGGCUGUGAUGGCAGUAUAAUCACUGGGCACACAGUUAACAGGAAACCGAGAUUAGUGAGGGUUCCCACUACAGUACUUGCUUAGGAAUGAACAAAAGCUCUUCCCUAAAUGAAAACCCCAAGAAUAUCUGUGUUAUCCUUUCCCUUUGGCAGCUUUUAGGCUUUUACUGCAGUAAAUCUGGUCAUCUGUUGGAAGAUAACCUGAUACAGACAAUGAAAAUUCUAAGCUUUUCAAGCUGGUGACACACCAAGAAAAAUGGCACACAAAAUUAUUCUAUAUUGACUUAAGGAAUGCAACAAUUACUAAGUUUUUCCCAGCAUUUUUCAUAUGGAAAGAACUAUUAUGCAUAUUAGUUACAUUUUUGGAUUAAAGUGGACAUUUCCAAA